GCAAAAGAAAAGGUUAUGUAUGAAAAAGAAGCAAAACAGCAAGAAGAAAAGAUUGAAAAAAUGAAAGCUGAAGCAUGUGAUGAUUAUGGAAUUAAGAAGCAGAUUGAGAUUUUGCAAGAAUCACGCAUGAUGAUCCCAGACUGCCAACGCGCAGACUAGGUUGCACAUGCAGAUCUCGCGCAACUGUUAGAAAAUGAAAAAGAAUUGGAAGAAGCUGAAGAGUAUAAAGAAGCACGUUCCAUACUGGAGUCAGUGAAGCUGGAAGCUUAGAAGUUUUUCAGUACUCUCUUCAUAUGCAUUAGCAUUGGGCCCAUUCCACACUUCUGUUUGACCACAGCUCUCUCAAUAUUGUUGACUUGCUAAGGUUCCCUUUAUGCAAAUAACUUAGCCUUUCUCUAACUCCAAAAUGCCUUGAAUAAAGGAUGUUCUGAAACAGCUGUGUGUUCCAUAUUCAGGCAAAAUACAAAUAUUGCCAAUUCACCUCAAUUACAGAAAGAA